GACACUCUCUCUCUAGCUUUUGAGAAGGAAGGACAUGGCUGCCUGGGAACUGAGCAGGGACCUGAGAAAGAGCCUUUUGGUAUAAAAGCAAGAGCAAUGGAGAAGAAAAACCACAUUCAGAGCCAAGAGAGCAGCAAAGCAGCCCUGAGACACAAGAGGCAACUAAAGCAACGUCCCAGCAAAUACACGGCAAGGGAAAAUGGUGAACGUAGGCUACAAAGUUCUCUUUGCUCUGGCCAUCUGGACGAUGACUACAGAGGCCUUUCCAAAAGGCACUGAGAGGACAACAUGCCACCUCACAAAAUACAAGUCCCUGCCACCUCAGGAACUGGAGGCCUUCAAGAAAGCCAAGGACAAAUUUGAGGACAUCAUGCUGUUGUCAGACCGAAAAUGCAGUACCAGGAUUUUCCACCGGAACUGGGAAGUCCAACAGCUGUCGGAGCACGAUAGAGUCAUUCUGGUAGAGAAGGAGCUGGACUUUACCAUUAACGUGCUGGAGAACGUUGAGGACCCCAGUCUGUCCAAGCUGCUCUCAAGGCCUCUAGAAAUCCUGACGCAAAUCAGAGGGGACCUGAGGAGCUGCAUCAGAGAAACUCAUUCUCAUCGACACUCCAGGAAGCUGAACAAUUGGCUCCAAAAUUUCCAUGAGCGCAAAGAGACGGAAAUACCUGGCUGCCUGGAAGCAUCUGUGAUCCUCAACCUCUUCCAACUGCUGAACAAAGACUUAAGAUGCGCAGCCUACAGGGAGCUCUGUGGGUAGCCAUCUGGUCUCUGCAGUGCCUGUGUCCACAUCUACUUAGAGACCGGGGAGUCCCCAGCCUGAGAGCACUGCAUACAUAUUGGGAGAAGACGUGUGUCAACCAGGAACAUUCAUCUUCUCUCUCUGGCUUCUGCUCAUAGCUCCCCAAGCAAACUGAUUCCAUCCUUUUAUACCACAGAAUUACACAACAAUUGGCCUCCAGGUUGCUCCAACUUCCAGCGGGUGCCGCACUCUACAUUCCUUACAUUAGAUUAAUUGUAGGACCAUUUUUCAUCACAGUUGGAAUUUAGGACUUCAAUAGGAUUUGGCCCUCUGGGGAUAUUAUUUACUGAAUGUAAUUGUAUUGUCACUAUAUGAAUGCAUUUUAGCCAAGGUUACAUAUCCAAAAAUAUUGGAAACAUUUAAUAAGCUUUAAUUUAAAAAAACAAAACAAUGCACUCCAGUUCUAGGAUUUAUACACUAGUCACAGCUUCAGAUCUCUUAGAAACAACCUCAGGAAAUGCAUUCUUACUAUAAAUAUCCUUGACAGAUGUAUUUAUACAGAGUAUAUUUUUAUCGUGCUGCUUCUUUAUGUAUUAUUACCCAACUAAGAAGGGGAAUUGAUUUCUAUAACUUCCAGACUUGAACCAAAGUGUUAUUUAUUAUGGAUCAGCUAUUUAUUAUUUAUGUAUUUAUCAAUCACUAAGAUUAUGCCUUUUUAUUUAUAAUUGUGAACAAAUAAAAUUGUUUUCCCAGG